GCUAAAUAAGAAAACAGGAGUAGCUUCAUUAAAUCUAAAUAAAAUUCACACACACACACACACACACAAAAAAAAACACAUCAACACAGUAGAAGAAGAGGAGUCGGAGCCCUGUCAUGCAUGUGUUUAGGAUCUGGGGUGUGCUCUGUGUGCUCAGCGCUGCUGGUUCGUCUAUAUGUGUGAAUGAGAUCGAGGACGAUGACGGCUUUGCAGACGGCUACGGCAACGAGAUUUCUCUGGACCAACAGCAGGAGUCAUCCAACACACCGUACCAUGCAGACCUCUCCCACUGGGACAAGCUUUUCAUCGCUCUGGAGGACUCCCACAUGAGGCAGAACAUGCUGCAGGAGUCGGUGGAGCGGUGCUGCGGAGGAACGGCGUCUCUGAGGAGCCAGCUGGAGAAGCUCCUCAGGGGGGCGUCGCAGCAGAGCUCGCCCAGCCCGGGGUCAGCGUGCAGGGCGCAGGCGGAACGCGAGGCUCUCGGGCUGCACCGCGGCCUGGCGGAGCUCCGCCGGGACGGGGCGGAGAUGGAGGGGAGAAUAAACGCCACCUUGCAGGCGAUCCUGCGCGGCAGACGCGAGGACGAGGCUCGACUGAGUCGCCUCGAGGAGGCCGCGUCAGAAAGCAGCAGCAGUAGGAGCAGGAGUGGACACCAGGCGACUCAGAGGCCUGGAGGUUCGGGCAGAGCGUUUAGCUCGGGGCUGAAUUCAUUCCCGUCCGAGCUGGAGGAGCAGGAUUUGUCCUCACAGGUGGACCUGGACAUGAUAAGAGGCUCUCUGGUUGUCAUGGCGAGAGACGUGCAGAGGCUUUACCAGCAGCUGACCACGGUGAUCGAGCAGGCGGGAACUCUGAGGAAGGGCAGAGGAGACACAUGAACUGCCUGCAAAAUAACAAUAAGCGAAAAAAGAAGAAAGAAAGAACAACUGGCAUUUUGCAUACUUUUUGUUUUUAUACAUAUAUUUAUACGUCUAAGAGGUUGUAUAUGAGCUUGUAUUUUUCUGCUGAGUACAACCCUAGUGGCCCAUUAAGAAUCAUGUGGGUUUGCUACAGUGAAUUUAAAAAAAUCAAUUAAAAAGUAAA